AUGGACUCAUAUACGUAUGUCUAUGCAGAAGGAGAUGCGCAAAGUGCGACGCUGACGGAUUACAGUGCUACGCGUGAGGACUCUAGGCCGCCUGCCGAUUCGUACCGACGCCGUUCACCAGGCUCUGGAGACCGUAGGGCAGGCAGGCGACGAUCGCGCUCACCCCAGAACAUCGACCGAUACCAGCCUGAUCGCGCGCGCGAUUACGAUGGACCGCGACGGGACGGCAACCGACGACGCUCUUCACCUCCACCUGUGCAAGCAGGCAUCGAUCGAUACGUACCUGGCCAGGACAACUUUGCGCCGACCUUCACCACCAACCCCGUUCCAAACCCCAUGCACCUCGAAUAUCAGGUCGGAUUCAACUACUUUGCAGAAUGGUGGCGUGUCGAGCAGCUCAUGAAGGAGGAGAAGGAGCGCGCGAAGAACGGCGGACGCAAGCCUGGUCUCAAAGGGGAACGUGAAGCCCGAGAGGAACGUGGCAAAGAGCGCGAGCAGAUUCAAGCCGCAUAUGACGAGUACAAGGAGAAACUGCAGGUACAGAUGGCGAAGACGUUUGUGGACAAGCAUAAGAACGAAGAGUGGUUCAAGGAACGUUAUGACCCAGACUAUGAUCUGGCUUUCAAAGAGAAGCUUCGUCAAUAUCGCCAUGGCAUCUACGAGGAGUGGGAGCGACAGAUAGAUGAGGGCUACUUUGAUGAAUUCACGUUGGAAGGCAUCUACAAGAAUGAGUCGAACGGUGCCGGCGGAAUCGUUGAGAAAGAGGAGGGCGAAGCAACGGCUGCCAACGAGGUCUUGGGCGUAGGUGAUUUGUUGCCUUGCAAAGGCGGCGAGAUCCGCGAUGAGACCGCGUUCCAGCCUACGCUACUCAUCAAAACAAUCGCGCCUACCGUCAAUCGCGAGAAGGUCGAAGAGUUCUGUAAGGAACACCUGGGAGAAGGCCCUGGCGGCUUCAAGUGGCUGAGCAUGAGUGACCCCAAUCCACUUAAAAAAUGCCACCGCAUUGGUUGGGUCAUUCUCAACCCAAGCGAUGAGCAGCCAAUGGUCAUUGACGACCGUGGUGACGGACGUGACGAGGAGGCUGAAGACGGUACUGUCGAGGACAAAUCUGAAGAUACGCAGGGUCCCCAUACAACCGCUCACAAGGCUCUCGAAGCUCUCAACGGGAAAACAGUCAUUGAUGAUCAACGGGGCAACUUCACCUGCCACGUUGGUAUCCAUGAGCCGCCUGCUGCGCCGCGCAAAAAGGCAUUGUGGGACCUCUUCUCUGCGCCUGAGAGGAUUGAGCGUGAUCUCGAGCUUGCCGAACGACUUGUUAGGAAGCUCGACUCUGAUCUCAAGGCGCAGCACGAGGAAGACUUUGCUAACGUCGAUGGUGUCAGCAAGAUUGAACAGCGGGUUGAAGCUCUGCGGUCGAAAGGCUGGCUGCAGCCCCCAGCCAAUGCCCCGGUUCCUGCCCAGAAAGCGCGCGAUCCCGAGGACUUGGAAGAGGGUGAGGAUGAGACCAUGGAAGACGACGAGGGCGCCUUCGAUGAUGAAGUGGAUGACGAAGAGUUGCUGGCCAAGAAGAAGAAGCUUGAUCUUCUCAUCGAGUACCUGCGACGAGUCUACAACUUCUGUUUCUUCUGUGUUUUUGAGAGUGAUUCAGUUCACGAGUUGAUUCGCAAGUGCGCUGGAGGUCAUCUUCGUCGACCACGCGCCAGCCUUACAACUGCUGCCAAGGCGACUGCGAGAGCCACAGCUACCGGAGAUCUAUUUCCGUACAGGAAGCAAGAGUCUUCUGGUGAUGCUGAGAAUGGUGAGGGUGGUAGCCCAGUGCAAGAGCGGAAGCCUAUGCGGCUGAGCACGAAGAACCAACAACAACUCCAGCGCGCUUUCAACUGGGUUAAAACCUAUGAAGAGAAGCUGUUGCAGCUGCUUGAGCCAGAGAAUGUUGACAUCCGCAAGCUCGGUGGCAAACCUCUGGAGGAGGCCAUCGAGGACGAACUCUCCCGCUAUGUCAAACAAGAGGACGAAUCCAAGUGGCGCUGUAAGGUCCCGGAGUGCACAAAGCUGUUCAAGGGCCAGCAUUUCUGGCAAAAGCACGUUGAGAAGCGUCAUCCUGAGUGGCUCGAAAAAUUGCGUAAGGAUCUACGACUGGUUAACAGCUAUGUUGUCGACCCUGCUCAUAUUGCUCCAUCGCGUAGUGAUGCCAAUAGUAAUGGUCACUUCCCAAUGGGCAACCAUGUCCAGGCUACUGGAACGCCGCGGGGGUUCAACCUGGCCAACAUGAACAUGGCAAUGGCAAACAAUGGCAUGCAGAAUGGGGUGCACCUAGGCGCCAUGUUUAAUCCUGCUAUGGGCGGCACCUGGGACCCCAAUGCUGCCCACGACGACCGCGCCGGCCCCAUGCGACGGGGCGGCCACCGCUUCAACAGCCGUACUGGACCCUACGAUCGCCAACCUCGUGAUGGUCGUCCUCGUCCUGCUGUCAACGGUGGCCGGCUGACACCCCCGCCCCGUGGUAGCCGUCAGGGUCCUCAGCGAUACGGUGAGGGCGGACCUGGCCCUGUACAAUCUGUGCAAGGUCGGUCCAUCAAGAGCUACGAGGAUUUGGACGCGGUUGGUGGGGGUGGCAGCGGAGAGCUCAACUACUGA